GGUGCGGACGAAGAGGGCAUAAUUCAAACGCCUGUACCGCAACGAAGGGUCAGACCUGUCACAAGUGCGGCGGCAAAAAUCAUUUUGCCAGGGCUUGCUGGUCUACUCAGACACGGCAGCCACAGACAACUCUGGAACCUAGAAGACGGGUAAACCACCUACAAGAAGAAAGCGCUGAACAGGGUGAAGAUGAGCUGGUUUUCUCCACCAGACCGAAGAAGCCCAUCCAAGAAAAGCUGAAACAGGGACUGACUGAAAUAUUGAUCGAAAAUACCAAAAUCCAAGUUCUGGUCGACACAGGCGCGUCCGUCGAUAUUAUCACCCGAAAAGAUUUCAAGAAGCUGAAAGGUGUAAAGGCGACAAAAACAAGCAGACGGCUUCUGCCCUACGGCACCAAAGAAGCACUGAAGCUCGAUGGAGAAUUCCUGGCACGAAGCCAAGUCGGAGGAAAGGAAGCACUCAGCUGCUGGAUCAUUGCGGCGCACGGAGAUGUGUCCUUGCUAAGCGGAACCACCGCGGAGCUCCUGGGACUUGUGAUGCGCACCGAUACGGUGAACCAACUGGAAAAAGACGGCGGUUCCCGGCUGACACUCAAGAAAGUGUUCGCAGACAACCAGGAAGUGUUCAAAGACGAGCUUGGACAGAUGGCCGAUCUGACAGCGAAGCUGAAGCUCAAAGAUGACGCCGAGCCAGUCUUUAGGAAAGUAAGACCGGUUCCGUACGCCCUUCAAGACGCCGUCGAUGAAGAGCUUAAAAAGUGGGAGAAGACGGGCAUUGCUGAGCGGAUUGAAUAUUCCGACUGGGCUACGCCGCUAGUCGUUGUCCCAAAACCCGGCGGCGGAGUGAGGCUGUGUGGAGACUAUAAACACACUGUCAAUAAGCAGCUCGACGUACCACAGCACCCGAUGCCCAACCUGGAAGAUAUGCUACCAAAACUGGCUGGAAUGAAGUAUUUCAGCAAGCUCGACCUCAGCACCGCAUAUCUGCAAAUGAAGAUGGAUGAAGAGAGUCAAAAGUUCACGGUGCUGAACACACCGCGUGGACUGUUAAAAAUGAAACGACUCCCCUAUGGAAAAAGGGAAAGGUGAUAGGCCGAACCGGUCCAGUGUCUUACCAAGUCACAGUGGAAGGGCUGGUCUGGUCAAGGCAUGCGGGACAGCUCCUACUCCUGCCCUCCAAGGACUCGAAGAAGGAGCAAGAUUGCGGUGACAAGUCAAAACAUCGGAGCAUGAGCAAACAUCUUGACUUAUGUCCACCGCCUCCGCAAGCAUCCUCAAGUCUGCCUAAUCCCAGAGCAGAUGAAAUUGCAUUGGAGGAACAACAAGGAUCCUCAGAUCCUCCAGGAAUCCCCGAAACACAAGACACUAGAGGCCAGAGCAGCCCUCACCCAUCCGCAAAACAGCUGAAGCAGCCAGAAGGUGUACCGCCACAACCGCCACCUGCUACCCAAGCUUCUCCAAAGGCGGUGACCAGGGCAGGGAGGACCUGUCGUCAACCAUGGUGGCUCAAGGACUUUGUUAUGUCUUAGUACUACUGAGCAGGAAGUGCAGUUCAUUUUUUUUUUAAGGGUGCGAGAGUGUUACAAAGUAUCAUAUCAUUUACAUAUUCGCAAUAAUGUCAGACCUCCAUUAAUCAGGCCAACAUACAUGUACUCACGUGCUUUACUUUUACAUUCAAAAAUUAGUAAAAUCAGUGUGUGGAACGGAGAAAAAGUGUGUGAAUAAAAUGCAACAAAGAAACAUGGAUUAUUAAG